AUGCGUCCCAGCAGCGACCCUCUCAACGCUCGCGGCGUGCCAAACGGCUUCGUGACUUCUAUUCUGAGCACGUCCCCUCCGGGCCCUAUCUACACGCCCGGCACAAUUCUCCAUAAGAUCAACACAGGAACCUCGGACUCUACUCAAUUAGCCGAUUCAACCUACACAUUCGACUGGCCUGCUGGCCGAGGCGCCGUUGCUUUUCUUCGUGACUUUGGCCUUCGUGAGGGGUACAGAAGUAAUCGCCGCUUCCACGACUACAUCGCGAAACACCACUCGUCCUGGUACGAGUCCGCAACUAGAACCUUUGUUGUUCGCCCGGAGGCUAUCAUCCUCGUCUCUGGCUGGCUGAAGACCACCAAGUGGUUGACCAUGGCCGCCUCGAACCCCGGCACCGCGGUCGGUCUUUCUUUCACUCCCGUUCCUGAUCCUGGCCCCUAUUCCCAUGGGCUCGCAAAUUUCAAGGCACAUGGAGAUACGGAAGGUCAACUGUCUCUCGACUACCGCUUGGGCCCGCCCUCUGAUAUCGACCACCGGUUCGCGUCGCCUGGUGUUCUGGCGGGGCAGCAAAAGCUACCUCGCGACCAGUGCAUGUUCGUCAGCUACUACAGGCUCAAGCCCAGCCCACAAGCAAAGUUGUUCUCCCGUCUCCGGAGCUGCCUCUGCGGCAGCGGUAUCGGACGUUGCCCAGGAUUCGACAGCUUAAGCUUGCCGCGCCGCCCCAUUGCGACUGCUGCGGUGGCCUGCUAUGAAGACUUUCGCACCGUCUUCCCGCCCGACAAGUACCCGAAUGGGGCGAAGAAGAAGGAUAUCAUGAAGACAAUCUUAUCUCGUGGCGUCAAUGUUCGCUUAGGCAAGCACGGUGGUAAGGGCGCGAAAAACCUAGAUGAUAUACGACUCUGA